CUCUCACCAGUCAUCAAUGUUUUUCCUUGUCCUUCUUAAUAUUCGAAUUUCGAACGCCAUCCUCUCUCUUCUACUCUGGCCGUGGUUGCUGGCGCCACUACCAUAACCUAUCACCGCUGAAGUACUUUCACUAUCUGCCUCUUCUUUCCAUGUUCUGUCUCUUCGCGUCCUUCUUUAUCUCCAGCCAUUGCCGGAACCACCAUUACCCCAAACUGAUCCUUGAAACACCAUGAAGAUGGAUGUUUCAUAUAACCUUAUCCUUCUUAUCCCCUGCUGUAAUAUUGAUUUCUCUCGUCAGUUGUAGAACCUCUUCUGCAGUUCUGCUCUAAUGGUUCCUUCAUAUUCGAGCGAAACAAUCUUUUCUUGCCUUUUCUAUAAUGCCUAGGCAAUUUUGUUUCAUUCCUUGAUUCGUCUUUUUUUUUCUUAUUUUGAUUUUUAUUUGUGAUUAUAUUUUGCAGCACUAGACAGAAGUCGUUCUUGGGUAAGUUGGGUUUAGAGUUAUUGAACAUUUGACAAGUUAUUAGGUGAACGACUUGGGGGAGUUCGCUAUAAAAUGCUUCUACGCUGUACCUCUCCAGCGUUUUAUGGGCACCGAAAUGAUUACCUGGUUAACUCGGAAUCCAGAAGUAAACCUCUAUAUCUGCAAAGAAAGGAAUUAAAUUUUUCAAUGGCACAUGCGAGCAGAUUAAAGGGCGGGAGUGAGUCUUCUUCGAUGCAGCAUAAGAGCUGGAUCUCUUGUUGUCUGGCUUCUAGAGAAGAUCACGCCAAUUCAACCAGGAAAGAUGAUUUAUCAGUUCAUGGACUAUCUGAUACAAUUGUGGGUGUUCUGGGAGGAGGGCAACUGGGGCGUAUGUUAUGUCAGGCAGCUUCACAAAUGGCCAUUAAAGUAGUGGUUCUGGAUCCGCUUGAGAACUGCCCUGCAAGUGCACUUUCCCAUGAUCAUAUGGUUGGGAGGUUUGAUGAUAGUGCUACGGUUCAGGAUUUUGCUAAGAGAUGUGGAGUUCUUACAGUUGAAAUUGAACAUGUUGAUGCCGCUACACUGGAGAAACUUGAGCAACAAGGUGUAGAUUGCCAACCUAAAGCAUCUACAAUCCGAAUAAUCCAGCAUGGAAUAUACAUUCAUUUCUGUGGCAUGACUUUUUCACCUAAGCUGUUGCUUACAAGGAAGAGGAGCUUUCUUCUGCUGUACUUUGAGCAUCUGUCUGCAGAUAUCUUCUUAUAUGUUCUGACUUGGAAAUUGAACCAUUAUCUAUGCAAUGCCAUCCCUCUUGGAGGAUAUAGUCGAGGCUUAUAUGUUGAAAAGUGGGCACCAUUUGAAAAGGAGCUGGCCAUCAUCGUAGCAAGAGGAAGAGACAAUUCUAUUUGCUGUUAUCCAGUUGUUGAAACUAUUCACAGGGAUAAUAUUUGUCACAUAGUUAAGGCACCUGCUAACAUCCCAUGGAAGAUCAGGAACCUUGCUACUGAAGUUGCACAGAAAGCUGUUGGUUCAUUAGAAGGUGCUGGUGUCUUUGCAGUUGAGUUGUUUUUGACAAGUGAUAUUUUGCUAAAUGAAGUAGCUCCUAGACCUCACAAUAGUGGGCAUCACACAAUCGAAUCUUGUAUCACUUCACAAUUUGAGCAGCAUUUGCGUGCAAUUGUUGGUCUUCCACUUGGCGAUCCAUCAAUGAAAAUGCCAGCUGCUAUUAUGUACAACCUAUUGGGUGAAGAAGAGGGGUUUUACUUAGCUCAUCAACUCAUUGGAAGGGCAUUAACUAUUCCUGGGGCUACUGUUCAUUGGUAUGACAAGCCAGAAAUGCAAAAGCAACGGAAGAUGGGCCAUAUCACCAUUGUUGGACCUUCUCUAGGCAUGGUGGAAUCACAGCUAAAUUCUAUGUUAAACCAAGAAAUUAUGGCAGAGAUGGCUGCAGGUCAGUUCCCAAAUCCAGUUGUACCUUUGUUCUUUUGUUUCAUGCUUUUAAGUGAAGCAAUUGUACUUUAUCAUUCUAUUAAUUAUUUGCUUACUCUAUCUAGGCAUUUCUGUUGUACAUAUUUCCUUUUUUUGGUCUCUUUGAAUAAAAUUUUAAUUUACAAAAAGAAUAUCAUACUUAUGUUUAAUAUGACGAUAUAUAAUAAUAUUACAUGUCCAAUUUUUUUACAAAUUUUCUUUAUUUUUAUAUUUUUUGUAUACUUAUCUAUUUUUAAUUUUUAUGAUUUAAUUAUGGCAUCAUGAGUUGAUCCAUUUGGUCUAAAUAGUUGAACUACUUAUCCACCACCUAGAUGAAAAACAAAAUGAUUUCAUUUCUAGGUUGAUUUUAAAAGUAUAAUUUUUAUACCAUGAAAAUCAUUCUUUAAGGACUUAAUUAAUGGUAUUUAACGAUAAAAAACAAAGAUACCAUAAAUAUAGGAUCCAAUGGUAGAGAAUAGGAGUUAAUUUCUUAAAUAUGAGAUUUAACGAGGGAAUUAAAUGAAGUCAAUAGUGGUAAUAGAAUUACAUUUUUGCCCCCAAAAUAAAGAGUGUCCAAAUUCAAAAUGUGGAAUAUUUUUGUAAAAAAAUCUAAAAAUUUUAGGCAUUCUUCCUGAAUUUUAUGAUUAUAUAUAUAUAUGCCAAUUUAGUCACCAUCCACUAUUUUGAAACUCGGGAUCAGGGUUGAACUGCAAGCCAUUGCCGGUCAGUUUGGAGCAUUGAGUUAACACGAGUCAAUGUAGAGAGGGAAAAUCGCCUAAUCCAGUCGACCAAUUCCAUGUCUAAAAGUAGUUUUUAUGUAUUGUCAUAUAUUAAUUAGGUUGGGCCUUAUUGGGUAUCACCGCGUCAGGUCCCAUCCAUAAACCAUAACCCUCCAAGCUCAAGUUAAUUGACCCAUCUAUAUACUAUAUGUAUUUAAAUUUAAAACAUCAGAAGACAAAAUGUGAUAGCCAAAAAGAAAAGAGAGAAGGAGAUGGGUUUUCAAGUUUCCAGUAGUAAAAGACACUUUAAGUUGCGUUUGGAUAAGUUUCAGGAUUUGUGAUUUUCAAAUCCAAAACCACAAUGCCCCUAUUUUUGGAUUUUGUAUUUUGAAAAUAAAAAAGGCUCUAGCUGUGCCUGUAUAUCUCCGAGAGGUUAUGAUGCCCUAAAAUUAUGGGCUUUCUUAGUUUUUGGGCUGGGCGUUGUCCUAAUCCUUGGUAGCCCCAACUCAAUGCAACCUUAGCCCAACCCAAAUCCAUCCAGACUAUAUACAUAUAUACGUAUCCAACUUGAGUGCAACCCGGGCCUGGGCCCAACCUAUAUAUGCCAAAAUUCAGUGCAGGCCAGACCAGGUUGAGGCUGUGGCUAGGGGUUGAUCAUGGGCUGAGAUGAGUCGGGCCUCAUCAGGGCUUAGCACUGAUAAGGGCUAUAGGCCAGGCCCAGUCCUGGCCCAGCCCAGAUUCUGGGUUGGGCAGGACCUGAUUCCAGGCCUAUAGAUUUUAUGUAUAAAAUAUUAAAUAAUAAUUAUGGGUAAAAUACAAAAAUCUCCCCUCAAGUUUCUGACAAUCAUA